UGAUUUUGCAUUUCCGGGAGGACUGCUUUAUUUACUAACAAUCCUCCUCCCUGUCUGCUUGGGCACACUGCUCUGGAUGGUUGUGCACAGCACAGCCAUCCAGAGCAGUGUGCUUACAGUGAAGCAUCAACACACCGCCCCCUAGUAAAACACCAGCACACAGUUAACCCUUUGAUCGCCCCCUCAUGUUAACCCCUUCCUGCCCAGGGCCAUUACUACUGAUCACUGUAUUGGUGUCACUGGGGAUGUCAGUGACACCAAGUCAGUUCCCCCCCGUGUCAGAAUGCCCGCCGCAGUCCUGCUAU